CCUAUUUUCCAACCUAAGCCUCAGGAUGGAUGUUCUGGCGACCUCCAAGUUGCUGGAUGAGGAGCUGUACUCCCGGCAGCUGUGUGUGCUGGGCUUCCCAGCCAUGCAGAGGAUUCAGAAAGCCAAGGUCCUACUCUCAGGGCUUCAGGGCCUGGGGGCUGAGGUGGCCAAGAACCUGGUCCUAAUGGGUGUGAGCAGCCUUACCCUUCAUGAUCCCUACCCUACCUGCUGGUCUGAUCUUUCUGCUCAGUUUUUCCUCUCAGAGAAGGACUUGGAAAAGAGCAGAGCUGAAGUGUCUCAAGGACCUGUGGCUAAGCUCAAUGACGCUGUUCAGGUCUGCGUCCACACAGGUGACAUCACUGAAGACCUGCUACGGAACUUCCAGGUGGUGGUGCUGACUGCCUCAAAGCUGGAGGAGCAGCUGAAGGUGGGCACCUUCUGCCACAAGCAUGGAAUCUGCUUUCUGGUGGCUGAUACCCGGGGCCUUGUGGGGCAGUUGUUCUGUGACUUUGGUGAGCACUUCACAGUACAGGACCCUACAGAGACAGAACCCCUGACAGCUGCCAUCAAGCACAUCUCCCAGGGCUCCCCUGGGAUUCUCACUCUCAGGAAAGAGGCUGAUGCCCACCUCUUCCAAGAUGGGGAUUUGGUGACUUUCUUGGGCAUUGAGGGCAUGGUGGAGCUCAACGGCUGUGCUCCCCACACCAUCUGCGUGCAGGAGGACGGCACCUUGGAGAUUGGGGACACAACAGCUUUCUCUCGUUACUUGCGUGGGGGGGUUGUCACUGAGGUCAAGAGACCUGAAAUCGUGAGCCAUAAGCCUCUGGAUAUAUCGUUGCUCCAGCCCCGUUUGGUAACCCAGCGUCCCCAGGAAGAUCAUCGUGCUCACAGCCUGCAUCAAGCCUUCCGAGCACUGCACAAAUUCCAGCACCUCAAGGGCCGCUUGCCCCACCCCUGGGAUCCUGGUGAUGCAGAGAUGGUGGUGAACCUGGCCCGGGCCCUGGAACCACUGAAGGGCACAAGGGGAGAGCCUUUGGAAGAGCUGCUGGAUGAGGCACUAGUGCAGACAGUCGCCCUGAGCAGCUCUGGUCACUUGAGUCCCAUGGCAGCCAUAUUGGGUGCAGUAACUGCCCAAGAAGUGCUGAAGGCAGUCUCCAAGAAGUUCAAGCCCCUGGACCAGUGGCUGUACUUCGAUGCCCUGGAUUGUCUUCCAGAAGAUGGGAAGCCCCUUCCCAGCCCUGAAGACUGUGCCCCGAGAGGCUGCCGCUAUGAUGGGCAAAUCGCAGUGUUUGGGGCUCAUUUUCAGGAGAAGCUCUGCCACCAGCACUACCUCCUGGUGGGUGCUGGUGCAAUUGGCUGCGAGCUGCUCAAAGGGUUUGCCCUCACUGGCCUGGGGACCGGGGACAACGGGGGCGUGACCAUUGCUGACAUGGACCAUGUAGAGCGCUCCAACCUCAGCCGCCAGUUCCUCUUCAGAUCCCAAGACAUUGGGAAGCCCAAGGCCACCGUGGCAGCAGAGGCCGCAUACCGCCUGAACUCAGACUUGAAGGUGACCCCAUUCACUUACCCACUGGAUCCCACUACAGAGCACAUCUUCGGGGACAAAUUCUUCUCUAGUGUGGAUGGUGUGGCUGCUGCUCUAGACAGUUUCCAGGCCCGAGACUAUGUCGCUGCUCGCUGCACCCACUACCUGAAGCCACUGCUGGAGGCAGGCACACAGGGCACCUUAGGCAGCGCCUCAGUGUUCAUGCCACACGUGACUAAGACUUAUGCAGCCUCGACCGGCACUGCCUCUGAGGAUGCCCCCUAUCCUGUCUGCACUAUACGGCACUUCCCCAGCACAGUCGAGCACACCUUGCAGUGGGCUCGGGAUCAGUUUGAAGGACUCUUCCGUCUCUCUGCUGAGUUCAUCAACUGCCACCGACAGGGGCUCUCUUCUCUGUCAGACACAGAAGGGCAGAGGCUGACCCUACUGCAGGAGGUACUGGGUGAACGGAGAGAGCGUCCACAAACCUGGCGAGACUGUGUGGUGUGGGCGGUUAGCCACUGGCAGCUGUGCUUCCAUCAUGGCAUCAGGCAAUUGCUGAGGCACUUCUCACCUGAGAAAGUGCUUGAGGACGGAACUCCCUUCUGGUCGGGUCCCAAACAGUGUCCCCAGCCCUUGGAAUUUGAUGCCAACCAAGACACGCACCUCCUCUAUGUGCUGGCUGCUGCUAACCUGUACGCCCAAAUGCAUGGGCUGCCUGGCUCACAAGACCAGAAUGCACUCAGGGAACUGCUGAGGGUGCUGUCACUGCCUGGCCUCCAACACCUGGCAGUCUCCUUCACGAGUGAUCUGGAGCUAGCUCAGGAUUCCACUGAGUUGGGUCCUGAGCAGUUGAAGAAAUUGCAUGAAGCUCUGGAAGCCUGGAGCAAGGGUCCUCCCCUGAAGCCCCUGAUGUUUGAGAAGGACAAUGGUAGCAACUUCCAUAUGGACUUUGUGGCAGCAGCAGCUAACUUACGUGCUCAGAAUUAUGGGAUCCCACCGGCCAACCGUGUUCAGAGCAUGAGAAUCAUGGGCCAGAUUAUUCCAGCCAUUGCCACCACUACAGCAGCUGUGGCAGGCCUGAUGGGCCUGGAGCUGUACAAGGUGGUGGACAGCCCACGGCCCCUUGGUGCAUUUCGCCACAGCUAUCUGCAACUGGCUGAAAACAUGUUUAGCCGCUGGGUACCUCCUGCUCCAGACAGCCACACGUUUCAAAACCUGAGGUGGACCUCUUGGCACCGUCUGAAGGUGCCUGCUGGGCAGCCCGAGAGGACCUUGGAGUCAUUGCUGGCCUAUCUCCAGGAACAACACAAGCUGAAGGUGAGGAUGCUGCUGUAUGGCCCAGCCGUGCUCUAUUCAGUAGGGUGGUCACCUGAAAAACAGGCCCAGCAUCUGCCCCUCAGGGUGACGGAACUGGUGCAGCAGAUGACAGGCCAGGUGCCUGCGCCUGGGCAGCGGGUGCUGAAACUGGAGCUCAGUUGUGAGGGUGAGGAGGAGGACACUGCCUUCCCACCCCUGCAUUAUGAACUAUGACGGCAACGCCACCACCCAGCCCUAUCAAGUCUAGCAUCUGAGCCCACUAAAGAGGCACUCAAUAAAUGCCCGCUGGAGCAGAGUACGUGGAGA